AUGAAGCUUGACCAGUUCCUCGCUAUGGAGGCAGGCAGCGACCAUGACGGAGUGAUUGACUUGCGUGGACUCGAGUACAUCUCUGACUACGAUGAUCAUCUCAUGUGUCCAAUCUGCCACUGCCCUUUUAUCCGACCAGUGCGCCUAGGAUGUGAUCAUGUAUUCUGCCAGACGUGCUUGAACUUUGCCAUUAGAACGUUCGCCGACGGUCCAGACAAUUUCACCUGUCCCACAUGCCGCGCUCCUACGAGAGAUGUCUAUCUCAAUGUUCCUCGGUUAUUGACCAACAUGUGCGACGAUCUUCCGGUGCGGUGUCCGUUUUCGAGUGAAGGAUGCAAAGAGGUUGUUCCAAGGGGCCAUAUCCAGUCCCAUGCGGACAAGUACUGCGAGUAUAAGCUGAUGGACUGUCCGAGCCCUUCUUGUGAGGAGAAAACCCGCAAGAAGGACCUCAGCACGGAGGGAAAGUGUAUGCAUGAACUACACAAGUGUCUACGUUGCGACACAGACAUUAUGGAGCAGGAUUACGAGGAGCACGUCAAAUAUCUAUGCCCUAGCCUCAAAACAACUUGUCCAGACUGCCAAGUAACCGUCUUUCGAAAGGCCCUCCGGGAACACAUCGAUGCCUGUCCCGAAGCAAUUCACCCCUGCGCCGCAUCCAAAUACGGCUGUCCCAUCAAAAUGAAGCGCGCAGAGCUAGGAGCCCACGAGCAGAGCUGCCCCCUCAUCACAAUGGGGCCGUACUUUGAAGCCCAAAACGCCCGCCUUGACUCGAUGGAACACACAGUCCGCCAUCUUCAACAACGAAACGAGAUCCUCGACGACGGCCUCGCCUCUAUCCGCUCAACCCUAUUUGAAUCCUCCCGCGCCUUCUCUGCCCCCAAUAACAACAAUGACGCACUUGCUUCCACGUCCACUGCCACCAACUCCUCAAAUAGACGCAGAUCAUCCAUAACCGACCCCGACUCAUCCACCAAUCCCUUCACAAACGCGACCACCUACCUCCUCUCCCUCCAUGAAUCCCUCCGCGAAGAAGUCGCACAACUCUCGCAUGCCAUCACAGACCUUGAUGCCCGCGCAAGCAUGGCAAUCAUGAACGAAUGUCUCCGGCUCAAGGAAGACAUGGCGCACACCAAUGCUGCCGUGAACAGCGUCCGCAUGCAGGUUCAGUGGCUCAUGAACCCGCGGCUGCAUCAAGGUCAACGGGCGCAGAAUGGUAAUGACUCAAGGAGUGCGACAAGCGCGGGGGCUGGUGCAGGGGUGGGCUCUAGUAAUAGUGGUCCCGUUCCUAUACCGGGAUUGUUGAGGCCCAGGAGACUGAGUGAUACGGGAAGGGAGGGGACGAAAUUGUGA